GCAGAAACACACACACACAAAAAAAAAAAGGCUUCAUCUAUUCUCCUAUCUUUCGCGUUGAAAAGUUUAUUUCUAUAUAAUACAUAACCAUGCUUACCAUUGACAGUCAAUCUCAGCAACGACAGCAAGAAGAGCAAGAAAACUACUACUCUCAUUAUUCAAUGACCGCAGUCAUUGAUGAUGCUGAGUUACUGAAUAUCCUUGGCUUGAGUACUCCCAUAUACGAGUUACUGGAUUGGGACGAUGAGACUGAUCUAAGCAACAACAGUAAAAAGCUGAUUCCGGAUCUGAUUGGUGCAGAAGACGAGGAAGAAUACGAUGAUUUAGAGAGCAUUUACUCGUCAUCCACUCAUCAUAGUCAAUACUGUCUCCCUUAUCCACAGUCACAACAACAACAACAACAGCAGCUACAGCAACAGCAACAUAAAAAACGUAAAUGUCAUCCUCAGCACAAUGAAGAUUUAUUUGCUGACUAUGAAUUUAUUGAUGUUGUCUUUCCAACCCAUAGCAACAUCAACACAACGGCUACUACUACUACUACUACUACUACUGUCAACAGUACCACUACGGAGAUGAACGAUGUCAUGCAUACCAGUUUCAUGGAUUUUACAAAAUUUCAACCAAGGACAUGCUUUAUCCCAGAAUCAUGUGAAAAUGACUCUUUAUUAAAUUUAAAUCAUGCUGAAUUCGCUAAACAGCAAGAAGAAGACAUUCGUUUAUCAAUGGAUUUAGCAUCACUUUAGUGCAAAAUGAUAUCACGCGACCAACAGAAAUUGUACAUAUCUCCCUACUACGCACGCACCUGCCUACAUAACAUUAUAUACAUACAUCCAUUUCUCUGGUAUUCAUACAUAUAUAUAACCAUAUAUAUAUAUAUAUAUGUACGUAUCUUUUUUUAUUUAUACCUUGCAACACCCCCCACUCGCUUAUAUACGUUUUAUUCACCCGCCCACACCCACACACACCCACCCACAUACACACACACACACAAAAACGCAAACAUGUAAAACAAAAAAACUAUUCCGUAAAUGUAUAUAUGAUACACGCCCUAUACCAUCAGUAUUUAUUUUGCAAAUAAAAGCAAGCGUCCCUUUUCAAAUGAUUGAUAAAUUGUCGUGGUAAUCUAUUCUUGAAAAUUAUAUUCAAAUCCGUCCCCGCCCACCCCC